ACCGAGCAUCUCGCUGCACAAAGCGGGAGAGGAGAGAAGAGAGAGGGAAGCAGCAAAAAAAGAGAAGAGGAAGGUGGAGUGGAUGCGAUGAGACACCGACGAUAGUCGCUGUUCACGGGCGGAUUUAAGGACUACAAACAAAAGGACCCGGAGGGGGGGGGGGUCUUCACGGCAAAGCUUCCUACCCUUGUUCGUACUUCCCUCCCUCUUUCUCCUCUCCUAUUCUUUAAGAGGCUGAUUUAUAUUCAUGUUUUUUUUUUUGUUUUUUUUGGAAGAGGACUUCCAUCUGCCGGGUGCAUAGGCAGCACUGGGAGCUGUCCGGUGCUGAACUUGCUUUCAGAGGAGCCAGUACAGGAAUUUAUGUAUUUUUUUACAAUCUUCCAAAUUUAAAAACAGAGGUCACGCUGGACAGGGCAGUUUUUUGUGUUUGCGUGUGUGUGGACGUGUGUGUCUGAGUGUGUGUGUGUGUGUGUGUGUGUGUGUGUGUUUUGCACCACCAUGCCGAGGUCUUUCCUGGUGAAAAAGGUGAAACUGGAUGAUUUCUCCACCGGGGCUGAUUUGGAGAACGCAUACCGGCCCAGGACAGAGCUCAGUUUGCGGCUCCAUGACAAAGCAGGCUACAUCAGCGACUACAUCAGCCCAUCUGUGUACGAUGGCGAGAGCGAUGGCGGCAUCAAGGUGCCCUCCCCGGACCCCCUCUACGACGGCAUUCACAGUGACUACGGAGCGCCGGAUUCGGAGUCUCCAGACAGCCCGGGCUCGGAACUAACCGACGGGUACAUCAACGGCGACGCGGCGGUGAGCGAAGGCUACACGGUGGACGCCUUCUUCAUCACAGAUGGCCGCUCCAGAAGGAAAGUCAUGGGCAGCCCUCGCAGCAUCCAGAGGCACACGUGCAACGAGUGCGGCAAAACCUACGCCACGUCGUCCAACUUGAGCCGACACAAACAGACGCACCGCUCUCUGGACAGCAAGCUGGCGAAAAAAUGCCCCACCUGCGGCAAGGUGUACGUGUCCAUGCCCGCCAUGGCGAUGCAUCUGCUCACGCACGACCUCAAACACAAGUGCGACGUGUGCGGGAAAGCGUUCAGCCGACCGUGGCUCUUACAGGGUCACAUGCGCUCCCACACGGGCGAGAAACCGUUUGGCUGCGCGCACUGCGGGAAGGCCUUCGCCGAUCGCUCGAACCUGCGCGCUCACAUGCAGACCCACUCGGCCUUCAAACACUUCAAGUGCAAACGCUGCAACAAGACCUUCGCGCUCAAGAGUUACCUGAACAAGCACUACGAGUCGGCCUGCUUUAAGGGACCCUUCUCUCCUCUCGGACCGCUGGACGCAUGACCCCGCCCCCGCCUCUCCCCGCCAUUAUUCUUUAAAAACACUCUAUUUUUGUUCUGACCUGGCUUUCUCUUCCUCGCUCACAUUUGUGCACCUCGCUUCCGCCCCGCCAUCCCCCCCGGAGCCAAUUAACGCUGAUGAAGAUAGCACAAAUUUGUCCUCCUUGACUUUUAAGGAUUGAACCGUUUUACGCAUGCACUUCCUGGAAUAAACAAACUCUUCACCUCUUCUUCCUGCUCUGGACAGAGACCAUAGUAAUAAUAAUAAUAAUAAUAAUAAUAAUAACAAUGAGGAUAGGAAUAUGGCUUCACUCCUGCAGAUCCACACAUGGAUGACGAGGAUGGACGACUUCCUCUCUGCACUACGAUGCUUACAACCACUCUUUGCUUUUUGUAUUUCAUAGUAAUAAUUAGUCAUAAUAAUAAUAAUAAUAAUAAUAAUAACGUUUGUCUGCACCAAGUGACCAUAUUUUGAGGUUAAAAAAAAUUAUUUAUUUAUGUAAUUAUUUAUUAUGAAUUUGUCAUGUUUUAAAUGUUAUGUUGCACUUUAUUUUAUUUUUUUUUCAAUUUUUAUUUAUUUUUUUGUGUACUUUGUUUUUUUGAAAAAUCACAACAGGCCAAAGCAUAUGUCACUUUUCAGUGCUAUUUUUUCUAAUUAUGUUCUUUUUUUUACGAAUUGCAUGCAAAAACACACACACACACAGAAAAAAAACUAUGCCAACGUUAUAAAAAAGCUUUUUUUUUCUUUGCCAAAAUUCUAUAAAUAGAACCUGAGGGCAAUAUUUUUCUCUGUAGGAGUUUUUUCAAAGCAAUAAUCACACUAAUGCAUGGUAUUUUAUGAAGUAUUACCUACUACUGUAUAGCAGUUUUAAAAAUCAGGUAUGUUUUACUUCAAACUAUAGUCGAUAAAACAGAAAAAGGCAAAUAUUACAGACAUCAGGGAACAUGCCGAUGUAGUGUUAGAGAAAGAAAAAAAAAAAAAAAAAAGAGAAAAGAUUUCCUCUCUUGUUAUGCACUGCCUGCCUCUUAGCGAAUAAUAGAACCAAUGUAGGAAUGUCGGGAAGGGAGCUGGGAUCAGCCGUGGUAGGGCGACCGCGUAGUACAGAUACAGUGAAAUUCUAACAUUUAAGCUAAAGGACAACAUGAAAAAAAAAACAAAAAACGGAAAACACCCCUGCGGUGAUGUGCAGGUGCAUGAAGGCGAAGUGAAGGGAGGCUAUUCAGCAAGUUGGAUGAUGCCCUGUGGUCGGCUUGAAAUGUGAUGCAUUAUUCAAGCACGCAUCCUUUUAAACCAUAAAGCGUGCAUUCUUAGACCGCCGAGAGAAAAAAAAAAAAGCCUGCAAUUAUAUAGCCGGAUGGUCCUGCCUUCACGGUUACAGCCCUCUUCCCUAUACAUUAGUACCGCUUUUUUUUUUUUUUUUUUUUUUUUUAGUAGGCUCCUACAACCACGACGUGAAACCAUAGGGGAACAAUGGAUGAUGUGAUCCACGGUGCGGCUGAAGCCAGCUCUCUAACCCUCCCCAAAAAACAUCCAAUGCAGAUUACUGGAGCUUCCCUGGAGACACACUGAAGACACAUAACUGGAAAAAAAAAAAAAAAAAAAAAAAAAAUCGGGCGGCACGGUGGGCGAGUGGUUAGCUCACAGCUAGGAGACCAGGGUUCAAUUCCACUCCCGGCACUCCGGUUUCCGCCCACAUUCCAAAAACAUACUACUUUAAUUUGCGACUCCAAAUUGUCCAUAGCUAUGAAUGUGAGGAGUGUGAAGGGUUGUUUGUCUAUAUGUGCCCUGUGAUUGGCUGGCCACCAGUCCAGGGUGUACCCCGCCUCUCGCCCGAAGACAGCUGGGAUAGGCUCCAGCACCCCUCUGCGACCCGAGUGAGGAUAAGCGGUAGAAAAUGAAUGAAUGAAUGAAACUGACUUUUGGGGCUACACAGUGGUCGAGUGGUUAGCGCGCAGACUUCACAGCUAGGAGACCAGGGUUCAAUUCCACCCUCGGCCAUCUCUGUGUGGAGUUUGAAUGUUCUCCAUGUGUGGGUUUUCUCCGGGUACUCCGGUUUCCUCCCACAUUCCAAAAACAUGCUAGGUUAAUUAGCGACUCCAAAUUGUCCAUAGGUAUGAAUGUGAGUGUGAAUGGUUGUUUGUCUAUAUGUGCCCUGUGAUUGGCUGCAUGGCCACCAGCCCAGGGUGUACCCCGCCUCUCGCCCCCAAUGUGAGCUGGGAUUGGCUCCAGCACCCCCUGCAACCCUUGUGAGGAUAAGCGGUAGAAAAUGAAUGAAUGAAUGAGUUUUCCUCCUAUUUUGUGUGGAAGUGGUAACUUUUUGGCUUCUUAUUUUGUCAUUCCCCACCCUCGGUCAUCUCUGUGUAGAGUUUGCAUGUCCUCCCCCGUGCAUGCGUGGGUUUUCUCCGGGUACUCCGGUUUCCUCCCACAUUCCAAAAACAUGCUAGGUUAAUUAGCGACUCCAAAUUGUCCAUAGGUAUGAAUGUGAGUGUGAAUGGAGGAAAGAACAUGUGUCUGAUGAUACGCCACACAUCCCAGCCAACAAUUGGAAGUAAUAGAUUCAAAAUGGAGAGAUUCUCUUACAAAAAAGGACUUGUGAUAAUCGUAACACUUCCUCAGGCGUAUUUAACCUUUAUUUAAUCAGAGAUGAAGAUUCAGACUUUAAUAAGGAGAUGAUUCAAUUAGCGACUCGCUACGUUUUGGAGGCUUCUAAAAAGGACAAAAAAGGAAGACUGGCACCGAAACACCGAUGGCCUACUUUCACCUUCGUCUCAGCACAACCAAGACAAACACAUCUGAGAAGGCUCUGAAGGCGGCAGUUUUGUACGAAGGUGUUAUGUUGCGGGUGUCGAUCUAAUCUUCAAACCUUUGAAAAAUGAGCCUCAAAAGGAGUACAAGUGUUUUUUUUUUUUUUUUUUUUAUAAAUCGAGGAAUUUUUCAAAACCUUGUAAAAGUUAUGUAGCAAAUAAGGGGGAAAAAAAACAAAAGCACAAAUACAUUGGAGACAAAGCGAGAUCACAGAGUGUAGACCUACGUUAAGGGUGGAGAGUUUGUCAAUUCAUAAACUCACGGCUAGAAUAAAAAGAAUCAAACCAUUUUUAUUCCACUGUAGUACAUCUCAAUGGAAAAUACUACAAACUAGUAGUAGUCAGUGUGCAUCCCUCGCAAUAUUACGGUUCGAUUAUUGCGCAAAACAUUGAGACAUCAUCUUAUAUUAAAAAUAUCCUCACAUUCUGUGUGGAAGUGGUAAGUUUUUGGGCGUUUAAGUUAAAAAAAAUUAUAAUUUGAGGCCGUCCGUCUCGAGUCAAGGCAGCGUAUCAGUUACGCAAUGUGAUGGAAACAUGUGUGGCUGCACGGUGGUAAAGUGUUUAGCACGCCGACCUCACAGAUAGGACACCCGAGUUCAAUCCCACCCUCGGCCAUCUCUGUGUGGAGUUUGCAUGCUCUCCCCGUGCAUGCGUGGGUUUUCAAUUCCACCCAACCUUGGUUAGCGUCAUUAAUUUGAUCCAAAAGGUCCGACUCUAACCAAAACGGAUGCUAACCAAAUAAAUGUUUCCCAUAAGAAAUAAUGUAAAUCGAAAUAAUUGGUUCCAGAAAGAGGUUGCAUGGCGGUGAAGUGGUUAGCGCGCAGGCCGAACAGCUAGGAGACCAGAGUUCAAUUCCACUCCGGGAACUUGGGUGUCCUCCCACAUUCCAAAAACAUGCUAGGUUAAUUAGCGACUCCAAAUUGUCCAUAGGUAUGAAUGUGAGUGUGAAUGGUUGUUUGUCUAUAUGUGCCCUGUGAUUGGCUGGCCACCAGUCCAGGGUGUACCCAGUCUGAAGACAGCUGGGAUAGGCUCCAGCACCCCCGCGAUGAAAGGUCUAUUUGUUUGUUUAUUUCGGCUUUUUUCCUGAAAACGGAGUCGCCACAGUGGAUCUUUUGAUUUCGGAUUGUGUAAUUAUGUUAAAAAUUAUAAUUAGAAAGUUAUAAGUUCUGACUUUCCUUUUCUUUGGCGCACCACUGCUUGAGAACCAUCAUGAAACGUUGAUAAAAAUGUUGUUCUUCCACGGAAACACACUCUAUGUAACUAGUUCUCGAACCAGGCUCAUGUUUACCGAUCAAAGACUGAGCAAUUUAUGGAGAGUAACCACGAAGUUCUUCAUAUGUGAAGAUGAAAUAUGUCUAUUAAGCAUCCGAUCAACCACGGCAGUAUUGCGUCUCUCCAGGCCAGCUCCACAUCUCCUCAAGCACUUCCAUUCUAACCAUCGCCACCUUAAAAAGAAGAAGUAGCACAAUGAAACUAACUAGAAAUUCAGGUAGAGAAGUAAAUUGAAAUCUUGUACUAGCUUGACCUCUCUUUUCAGUUUUUUUCUCCCCCCCCUUUUUUUGUAUUUCCGAGCUGAAGGGUGACUUAAAUAAUCAAAGAGGGUUUGUAAAAAAAAAAAAAAAAAGCAAAAACAAAAAGGACUGAGGCAUUUUUACCGCUGUACAGUGAUAUCUGACACACUUUAUCUCAGGAGAUCUCGGGAGGAUCUCCUGAGUCUUUUGAGCCAGUAUUUAGACAAUGUAAGCACAAUGAACACAAAGCAUUUUGUGGCACUUCAUAAUAAAGAACUAUCUUAACCAACA